AUGGUCAACGAUCGGUGGAAGAACGUGGGGGGAGCGGCUCAGCUCGAGGACGGGCCGCAGGAGAAAUCCCAGAGAAUGAGCUGCGGCUAUAUUCUGUGCACCGUCCUCCUCUCCGUGGCUGUCCUCCUCGCUGUUACCGUCACUGGUGCCAUCCUCUUCAUGAACCACUACCACACGCCCGUCACCCAAUCCCCGCCUGUCAUCAGCACCAAUCCUGACGAAGCCAACGCUUUGGUCACCAUCGAGAAAGCCGACGGCUCCCGCAUCAACAUCUUUAUUGACCCGAAUUGCCCGGACCAGGGGAAUGGCUUCACCCGCCUGGAAGGCCUCCAGUCCUCCCUCCUGCGGGCUGUGACGGAGCAUGAUGCUGAGGCAAAGUCGUCGAAAGGGCAGGAGAGGGCCUUGCUGGUCGGCCUGUCAGAUGAGGUGUCCAAGCUCCUCAGCCAUGCCGCCCAGCUAAGGACGGACUGUGAUGGUUUGAAGAAGGGGCAUAGCACCAUGGGGCAGGAGCUGAACGCCCUGCAGAAUGAGCAAGGUCGCCUCAUACAGCUGCUCUCGGAGAGCCAGACCAACAUGGCGAGACUUGUGAGUUCGGUCAGCGAUAUCCUCGACACCUUGCAGAAGGAUCGCAGUGUGAUCCGACCUCGGCUCAAGGCUGACCUUCAGAAAGCUCCAUCUCGGAGUGCCCGGCCCAAGGGAUGCUCCAAUGGCUCCUGGCCUCGGGACUGCUUUGACAUCUAUGCAAGUGGGCAACAGGAGGACGGGGUCUAUUCCAUCUUCCCCACUCACGACCCUGAAGGUUUCCAGGUCUACUGCGACAUGGCAACAGACGGCGGAGGAUGGACGGUCUUCCAGCGCCGCGAGGACGGCUCUGUGAAUUUCUUCCGCGGGUGGGAAGCUUACAGGGAUGGAUUCGGGAAGCUCACUGGAGAACACUGGCUAGGGUUGAAGCAGAUCCAUGCCUUGACCACACAAGCCAGCUACGAGCUCCGGAUUGACCUCAAGGACUUUGAUAAUGGCACCGCGUUUGCUCAUUACGGGACUUUUUCUGUGGGCUUGUUCUCUGUUGACCCUGAGGAAGAUGGCUACCCAGUCACCGUUGCUGACUAUUCUGGGACAGCGGGGGACUCGUUCCUGAAACACAACGGCAUGAAGUUCACCACCAAAGACUUGGACAAUGACCACUCAGAGAACAACUGCGCCUCCUUCUACCACGGGGCCUGGUGGUACCGCAAUUGCCACACCUCCAACCUGAACGGGCAGUACCUCAAGGGCCACCAUAGCUCCUAUGCCGACGGCAUAGAGUGGUCCUCAUGGACAGGCUGGCAGUACUCCCUCAAGUUCACCGAGAUGAAGAUCCGGCCUGUCAGAGAUGAAAAUUAGCUAACCCCCCCAAUGCCCUACUUGUUCAUCCCUCCCCCCCCAGCCUU